UUGAACUCCGAACCUGAGAUCAUGACCUGAGUCGAAAUCACCAGUCAGACACUUGAUGUGACUUGUGUCAGAUCAGACACAAGAUGGCGACUGUGGAACCGGAAACCACCCCUACUCCUAAUCCCCACCCCCCUUCAGAAGAAGAGAAAACAGAAUCUAAUCAGGAGGUUGCUAACCCAGAACACUGUAUUAAACUUCCUUUACAGAACAGAUGGGCACUCUGGUUUUUUAAAAAUGAUAAAAGCAAAACUUGGCAAGCAAACCUUUGGCUGAUCUCUAAGUUUGAUACCGUUGAAGACUUUUGGGCUCUGUACAACCACAUCCAGUUGUCUAGUAAUUUAAUGCCUGGCUGUGACUACUCACUUUUUAAGGAUGGUAUUGAGCCUGUGUGGGAAGAUGAGAAAAAUCAAACGAGGAGGACGAUGGUUAAUUACAUCGAACAGCAGAGACGAAGUGAUCUGGAUGGCUUUUGGCUAGAGACCCUGCCGUGCCUUAUUGGAGAAUCUUUCGAUGACUCCAGCGGUGAUGUAUGUGGAGCUGUUGUUAACGUUAGAGCUCAAGGUGACAAGGGAGCAAUAUGGACCACUGAAUGUGAAAACAGAGAGGCUGUUACACAUAUAGGGAGGGCAUACAAGGAAAGGUGAGGACUUCCUCCAAAGAUAGUGAUCGGUUAUCAGUCCCAUGCAGACACAGCUACUAAGAGCGACUCCACCACUAAAAACAGGUUUGCUGUUUGAGAAGACACCUUCUGAGUAUUCUCAUAGGAGACUGCGUCAAGCAGUCGAGAUUUGGGAGCUGAACCAAAGCCUCUUCCAAAGCAGAGUGGACUGCAUUUAAAUUUGAUUUCCAUCUAAAUGUUGCUAAGAUAUAAGAGAAGUCUCAUUCGCCUUUGUCUUGUACUUCUGUGUUCGCUUUUUUUUUGUUUGUUUGUUUGGCUAGAGUCUCCACUAUCCCAAUCAAAGAAUUACGGUACACAUCAUCCCCAGAAUCCAUGAAUGUGCUCCUGGCCCACUCUGUAAUAGCUUAGUAGAAUUACCAUUAUAAACACAUUUUACGCAUACACAAUAUUUAAAAAAGAACUUGCAUUUCUAUAGCUUAAAGGAAAAAAAAUUCUGUUUAUGUUCCAUUGUAUGCAGGAGCAUAUUUUGCUGGUUUGGAAGAGUAUGAUGCAUACAGUUUUCUAGCGAUUUUCUUUGUUUCUUUUUACAUCAUUGUCUUUGCUGUACUCUUGCUGAUGGCUGCUAGAUUUUAAUUUAUUUGUUUCCCUACUUGAUAACGUUAGUGAUUCUGAUUUCAGUUCAGGUGUUUUUUUCCUCAUGUAACAUUGGUGAAGGAUCCAGGAAUAUGACACAAACAUUAAUUUUGUGCAAAAAAAAAAA